AUGGACCCAAUCACUGGACUUCCUCGCCGCUCAACUAUAUCUGGAAGCGACGCGCAACGUGAAGGCCUGAAUACCGAGACACAGGAUUGGACCUUGAUAAAAGCUGGUGAACUCGCAGAACCGAAUGUUAUUGUCAUUGAUGGAGAUACUUCCAUAGAAGAGGCCUGUGAUAUUCUCAUACAAAAAAGUAUAUCAUCUGCGCCGGUCUAUGAUUCAACAACGAAUACCUACGUGGGGAUGUUUGACUGGUCAGACGUCAUGUCUUACUUAUUGAUUGUCCUUAAAAAGAAGAACAUCCUAGAGCAACAACAAAAGAGUGAUGAAGAGUUGACAUCGGAGUUCAAAGAUUUAUUAAAAUUGGCUACCGAAUGCCAACCCAUUCCUGUCAAGUUGGCCUCAGAUUUAUCCCAUAAAAACCCUUUCCAGAGUGUACUGCCUGAAACACCAUUGUUAAAAGUUGUCGAAUUGUUUGGAAGCGGAACUCAUAGAGCCGUCGUUAUUGACGCGGAGGGUAAAAUUAAGGGGAUACUGACCCAAUCGAAAGUUGUCACAUACCUUUACCAAAAUGUUAUCAAAUUUCCUUCAAUUGAACGACUUUUUCCUAAAAAGAUGGACGAUCUAAGCAUAGGUAGAAGGCCCGUGAUCUCUGCGCAAGCUGAUUCUUUCGUGCUCGACGCGCUGAUGAUGAUGA